CCUAAGCUAACUGGCAACGCUGAAGGUCUCAUACUUCGGCCUGCGAGAACCACUCACACCAACCGACGUGACAAUGCGAUACCUGCAGAUUCUAUAGCAUCGCACGAUCAAAACAAAACCGAGAACGAAACCUCAGAAAUGAAUGCGAACCCUAAAAGUGUGGUGAUGUGAAUGUGCAUAUUCUUAAUAAUUUAGAUAUUGUACUGCAGAAACCGUGAAUUUCUUUAUUGAAUAUACAAUCAACUAUCUUAUAACUAAGUGAAUUGACAGAUAGUGAACUGUAAGCCUGUUUAUUGUUAAAAUAAUUAUAAAAUUCAAUAACCAAUUAUUGAUUCUAACUAGGUGAAUUAUCGCAAUCGAUUCAUAAGAAAAACUCUAUUAUUAGAGUCUAAUUACUAAAACAGUUGUCAAAACAAGUGAGUUCGAUCGGAUUAUUCCGUGAUAUAUGUAAUUGAUCGCUAACUUCGUUUAUAAUUUCAGUAACUAUUUUCAUUGAUUGAACUCUAUCUAUAUUGAACAUAACCUAAAUUCCAUAAGCCUACACCAAAUUCUUGAGCUGAUCUGGAACUAAGCGUUUCAACUGCUAAAAGAAGUGUGGCUACCUGUAGUUUUUAACAAACUCAAGAAUUUGAGUCCACGAUGGCUCAUAAAACCAAUCAUCCGGCCAAUCUCGAGACCACCGACCAGAAUGUCUCUGCAAGUGCGUGCCCGGCUUGCAAUCGUCCGGACUGGGCCGACGCUAUGGUCCAAUGCGAGGAGUGCGAAGAUUGGUAUCAUUUCGGCUGCGCGGGUGUAACCCGAUCCGUCGAGAACCGACGCUGGACUUGCGAUGACUGUUUGCCCAUCAGUGUCAGCAGCCGAUCGUCGUCGGUCAGUAAAGCGCUGGAGUUGCAACGACUGCAGGAAGAGCAGCAGAUCCGUCGCAAACGGUUCCUUCAGGAGAAGGCUUUGGAGAAGAAGCGACUCGAGCAGGAACGGCAGCAGAUAUUGGAAGAAGAAGAACUGGAGAAAACCUUUCUCCAGGAGAAAUUCAGCUUGAUGGAGAUGCAGGAAGCAGAUGAGCAGGGAAGCAUUAAGAGCAGUAGAAGUCGUAGGAGUAAUCGCGAAAGCAUUAUGCAAUGGAUGCGGAAUGACGGAACCAAAGAGCCCAGUGGUAGUACGCCAAACAACGCGACAACGCAGGCACUAAAUCCGGAAACCGUUCCACAAAGUGCGAAUGCUCGCGGGGAUAGAAAUCUAGUUUCGUCCUACCUUGCGACCGAGCAAUCUACGCUACUUGUACAACCCAGUCCCAGCAGAACCAUCUUUCAAGGAUUAGAAGCAUCAGCACUUGUUGCAGCCGCCGAGCGAAACAUCGCGCCGCAGACACGCCCGACUCCUCCGCCACGAGCAGCAUUCCCUCAAGCACCACCUCGCCAACGACUGUCAUGCUAUCCAGCGCCAACGGCGCCGCCAGCCAGUGUCUCGGAAGACGACGCUAGCAUCGAUAUACCGCCGCUUCCCUUCGUAUACGCCUCUUCUGAGUUGGAGGUUGACCAUGGUCCUCGCAGAAGUGCCGCCAGAGUUAGACGAGUGGCACCUCCUGUACAAAACGUACCACAAGCAGACCUUUCAGGUCAAACAGCCGCUGUACCGCCCAGGAACGUGAGAUACAGCGAACCGAGGGAUUAUUCCAGAACGAAUUUGGAAGAUACGUCCGAAUUAGCAGCGCACGGACCUACUUCUGCGCAAAUUGCAGCUCGUCGUGUAAUGCACUCAUUUUUAUGUUUUGCGCUAACGUAA